AUGGACAGCGCCAGGAUCGUGCGCCGAGCCUCCUCUUCGCGCGCGCAUUCCCCUCCCCACACGUCCGCCGCUCUCCCGCGCUUCUCCCUCCGCCGACUCCCCUUCCACUCGCGCGCCCGCCCCUUGCGCCAUGGAACCGGCGUAUGCACCAGCAUCGGCGCGCUCUGCUGCCUCCUCUCUCUCCUUGCCCUCCUCCUCCUCCUUCUCAUCGUCCUCCGCUCCACCCUUCGCCUGGCCUCCGUCGCACCCUCCGCAGCCAGCGGUACGACUCAUGGCGAUGCACAUUCGUCGUUUCUCGACGGACUCGACGACUGCCAAGACGAAUUCCGUCAACUGUUUGACGAGUUCCGUUUGCGCGAAGGAACGGACGGAAUUGACUGCAGCGCGCUGAUCGACUCCGUCGCGGCGGACGACGGCGUAACUCGAGGCGGCGCGCCCCGCGCGAGUGGCGCGGCAGGUACGGCAGCAGGGGAGACGAGGUCACACUACAAGAGAGCAGCGGGCGAGGAGGAAGAAGAGGAGGAGAAGUCAAGCGUGUCUGCUGCUACUGCUGCUGCUGGCAGCGAGGGCGAGGAGAGGGGUUCAGGUUCAGGUUCAUUUUCAGGUUCAAACCUCACUGCGGCGUCCCUGCCUCCCCUGAGCGCGUUCGUGGAAAGCUCCUUCUUCCACCCCAUGGCCUUCGCUGCUGGCAGCAGCAGCAGAAGCGAGCAGCACAGCGAGUCUUCUCCCACAGACCCCACCACCACUUCAAACCCAUCCGCACUCCUUUCACCUGCCCUGGACCUGCUGCUCUCCCUGGAUCGCCACCGAGCCAAGGGGCUGCUGCUGGAACGGUCCAUGCGCGCCGUGGCUUACAGCCCCGGCUGCCGAGCCUGGAUGCCAGGCUCGGAAAAGAGGGACAAGUGGAGACAGCAGAGGAGCGGGGAGGAGAGAGCAGGCGAGGAGGAUGGGGCGGCGGAAGAGGGGUGGGAUAUUGGGAGGAAUGAAGCUGCAAAGACGGAUGAGGGAGGGGGAGAGAGAGAGGAAGAGGAGGAUGGAGGAGAUGGUGGUGGUGAGGGUGGAAAUGGUGAGGGUGAUGAGGAGGAUGGGUACAGGCCGGUUCUGAGGGAACUAUCAGCUGAUUUUGAGGUGGAUCUGGUGCAGGCGCCACCUGCCCUCUGCUCGCUCGCUCACGCCCUGCCAGCAGCAGCCAGGCAGCGGCUGCUUGGUGCCUACUCGCCACGGUUUUUCCCUCCCCACCGCACUGCACACCUCUGGACGGCUCUCGGUGCCGCCUCUGCCUCGGGGCAGCAAGAUGGGGCGAGGAAACAGGGGGAGUUGCAGCAGCAGCAGCAACGGCGGCAAGGGUUGGAGGAGCAGCAGGGGGUGAAGGAGCAACAAGUGCAAGGAUUGAAGGAGCAGAGGUGUGUGGAGAGAGUGAGAGCGGCGUGCAUGCGGCAAUGGUGGCAGGGGGAGGUGCAACGGACAGUGCAGUUCGUGCAUGGUGUGCGGCAGUGCGCUGCCUCGUCCCCCCGCCACGUGCUCUUCCUGCACGCACCCCACCAGCGCACUCGGAACUCACGGACGCCAGCCAGAAGAGCAGGGGCGAGAGGGGGAGAAGGAGGAGCAGGGGGGGAAGGGGGAGUGCGGGUGAGAGAGCGGUAUGAUGUGGCGAUGGAACGGUUUGUGGUGCGGGAGCUGCGAGGAAGGGACUGGGGCGUGGUGUCCCUCGCAGGCCAACGACCGGCACCACCACCACCCACAGCGCCAGACGCACAAGCAGGGCACGCAGUCGAAACAGGGGGCACAAUAGACGCCGGGGGCACAAUAGACGCCGGGGGCACAGAGGAGGAGGGCACAGCCCAAGCAGGGGCCGCAAUGGACGCACGGGGCAUAGAGGCGGGGGAGAGAGAAGAAGCAGGAGGGGCGUCUCACGAGGGCGGGUGGGCAUCAGUGCUGCGGGGUGUGAGGGGCGUGCAGGCGCUGCUGCUGCGGGGCGAGGCGAGCCACCUGCUGCCGCUGCUGGCCCACGUGGAGCAGCGCUUCCUGGAGGGGCCUCUGGAAGACCUCCUUAUAAGCUUCUUCGGUAAAAGUAAAAAGUCCGUGCACGUGCAUAAACCUCCGCUGUUCUGGCGAGAGGUGGAAGGAGGAGACGGGGGCGAAGGGAGCGAGGGGGCAGGGGAGGAGGAGGGUGGGGCUUUGGAGAAGAAGAGGGUUGGGGUGGAGGAGGGGAAUAUGAUGAAUAGAAUGGAGGAGGCUAGUGUUGAGUCGACACAGAACUGGGUGCAGGAGGGAUGGGCUGUGGAGGACCCAUUUGCUAACGAAGUCCAGAAACCCAUCCGUACCGCAUUGAACCCACCAGCAGCACCCAUGGGGCUGUCUGUGUCGCGGAGCAUGCUGGUGAGUGUCCACGGGAGGGAGGUGGUGCCGGCAGGUGCUGCUGGGAGUGUGGCAGUGAGUGGCAGGGGAGGAGGUACUGUAGGCAGCAGGGGCGAUGGGGAUGGUGGCAGCAGCAGGAGGGCGGGAAACGGGGCGAGGGGAACAGAAGAGCACCUUUUGAGACGUCUCAAGAGGGGAACAGAAGAGCACAGGGCAGCAGCAGCGGGCAUUGGCAAGGGGGGCGCAGCAACGCGAGCAGCCGUGGUGCUGUCGCCGGGCUCGUUUGCGUGUUGGGUGAAAAGCGGGGGUGAGGCAGCAGGGGGUGAUGAGAGGAGGGCACAAGCGGGCGAGGUGGAGGCGCAAGGGAAGGGCGCGGCUGGUGGGUUGAAAGGCGGUGAUGCUGGUCAUGGUGAUGACUACGAUGAUGCUGAUACUCCAGAUGAACCAGCAGGUGUGGCAGCAGAGGGUGAGACAUUGGAGGGGGUGAUUCGAGGCGAGGUUGUGUUUGAGAGCCCGCUGACGGAGCAGGGGGCAGCGGUGUGGACCAUGGUGGCUCCUCGCAUGGUGGGGCACAAGAGGGGGCAGCAGGAAGAGCCCCAUGGGGGCCACCAGGGGGGACAGCAGCGGGGGCACAAGGGCGAUGAUGCACACGUGGGUCGGAAGGAGACGCUGGAUGGUGCUGCUGGUGGGUGGAAAGGUGCAGGGCAGGUGGGGGCACUGGCAGAGGAGGGCUCAUCAGUGCUUGUUACCAUUCCCAUCACGGGACGGCUUUUUCUGCCCGGAAUCAAGGACCAGAGAAACGUCUGGAUGGGGAAUGUUUUAGGUGUGGGUGACUACACUACUGUAGAUACCAUACCUAUUGAUACCAUACCUGUAGAUACUACCAUAUCUGCCACUGUUGUUUUGGCUGCUGCCACGGCAGAUGGGCCUGCCAGGCUGUCAGCUCCCAGAGAUGCUGUGCGGGGCACUGUGCAGAUGGAGGGCGCGCUGAUGUGGACUGACUCAGCGCCAGGUCAUGCCAGGCUGGCAGCUGAAGGGGUGGUGCUGAUUGAGAGGAGGCAGAGUGAGGAGGGGAGUGAGGAGGAGCAAGUGUGGGGGGCGUGGCGCGAUGUGGACGUGUGGGGCGCAGGGCAGGGCCGAGCAGAAAAAGGGGGGGAUUCAUCCGAAGAUGGAAAAAUUCGUUCGGGUGACUCCGACAGGCUCGUGGGGGCAGAGGGGUUGGGGGCAGGCGGGGGAAGCAGCAUGGGGAGCAGGGGAGGCGGGAGAGGCAAGGUGGGGGGGAUGAGAGGUGCUAGGCUUGUGUUUGAGAAAAGUCAGGGAGAGGGGGGCCCCAAAGCAAAUGGUGGUAGGUCAAGUGCUGUUGGUUUGAACAGGCAGGUGAAGAGAGUUCUUCUUGGAACGAGUGUUGGUGGUGGUACGGAGGAGGGGGAAGCUUUAGAUAGCAGGGAGAGUGAUGGCAGAGGUGGCAGCAGCAGUGCUGCCACUGCAACUAGAGGGAUGGAGCGCACGAUGGUUAGCAGAGGAGCGGCAGAGGCCCGGCAGGCAGAUGAGCGACAAGCGUCCGAGGGCGCAGGCGAGGCGAAGGAAGACGGUCGCAUGGAAUUGGCGGGGGAGCGUGGGGGUGAGAACGCAGGAGAGGGUAUUGUAGCAGUUACAGCUGAUGACGCAACAGUUAACGCUGAUGACGCAGCAGUUAACGCUGAUGACGCAGCAGUUAGAGGUGAUGACGCAGCAGUGAAAGCAGACGAUACAGUCGUUAAAGCGACAGAUAAGGCAAUCGAAGUGGAGGAUACGACCCUUAAAGCGGACAGAACGUGCAUUAAAGGGGACAAUACAGCGACUAAGACGGACGAUACAGCAAUUAAACCUGCCGAUAAAGCCAUCAACAAUAAAGCCAUCGUGGGCGAUGAAGCCAUUGAAGCGGACGAUAAAGCCGUUAAAGCGGACGAUAAAGCCAUGGCUGCCUCACUGAAGGUUGCAGGCGAAGCAGCUGUUUGUGAGACAGGGAGGGUCGUGGCAGCAGGGGGGGCCUCAGAUAGGGCUACUGGUGAAGCAAGUAGCGUCGCGGAGACUGCUGGCGAAGCUAGUAGCGUCGCCAGGGCUACUGGUGAAGCAAGUAGCGUCGCCGGGACUGCUGGCGAAGCUAGUAGCGUCGCCAGGGCAGCGUGCGCUGCUAGUAGCGCCGUCAGGGCUCCAAGCGACGAGGCGAAGGCGACUUGUUUCGCUGACGAGAAUGAGAAGGUGACAGGCGACGAAAGUAAGGUCGCAGCGGACGAGGGGAAGGUCGCAGCAGCAGGAGAAACGAAGGAUGCAGCAGCAGGCGAAACGAAGGUUGCAGCAGCAGGCGAAACGAAGGAUGCAGCAGCAGGCGAAACGAAGGUUGCAGCAGCAGGCGAAACGAAGGAUGCAGCAGCAGGCGAAACGAAGGUUGCAGCAGCAGGCGAAACGAAGGAUGCAGCAGCAGUCGAAACGAAGGUUGCAGCAGCAGGCGAAACGAAGGUUGCAGCAGCAGGCGAAACGAAGGUUGCAACAGCAGGCGAAACGAAGGUUGCAGCAGCAGGCGAAACGAAGGUUGCAGCAGCAGGCGAAACGAAGGUUGCAGCAGCAGGCGAAACGAAGGUUGCAGCAGCAGGCGAAACGAAGGUUGCAGCAGCAGGCGAAACGAAGGAUGCAGCAGCAGGCGAAACGAAGGUUGCAGCAGCAGGCGAAACGAAGGAUGCAGCAGCAGUCGAAACGAAGGUUGCAGCAGCAGGCGAAACGAAGGUUGCAGCAGCAGGCGAAACGAAGGUUGCAGCAGCAGGCGAAACGAAGGUUGCAGCAGCAGGCGAAACGAAGGUUGCAGCAGCAGGCGGAACGAAGGUUGCAGCAGCAGGCGAAACGAAGGUUGCAGCAGCAGGCGAAACGAAGGUUGCAGAGAGGACCAGAGAGCAGCAGCAGGAGAGGAGGGAUGAGACGACGGAUGAGAGGAAGGAGGAGAGGCGGGACGGGGAGCUCCCUGAGAGGGAAGGAAGGUUUGAAAAGCAGAGUGAUGUGCAGAGGCACGAGGACGUAGCAGGCAGUGCGAGGCAGGGCGAGGGGGUGAAUGGAGAUGAGAGAAAGGCGUCAGACAGAGGCGAGGAGAAGAGGGCUAGUGAGAGUGGGGGGACGGUGAAGGGUGAGAAUGGGGAAACGAGGACUGGGGAGCAGCGUGCGGGAGGGGCAACGUGUGAGGAGGGAUGGAAGGGAGGUGGAGGGAAGAUUGGGGGAGAGGAGGGUGGAGGAGAGGAGGUUGGGAGAGAGGAGGGUGGGAGAGAGGAGGGCGGCAAGGGGGGGGAGGGCUUCAAGAAGGGGGAAGGCGGCAAGGAGGGGGGGGCCGGCAAGGUGAGGGAGGGCGGCAAGGUGGGGGAGGGCGGUAAGGUGGGGGAGGGCGGCAAGGUGGGGGAGGGCGGCAAGGUGGGGGAGGGCGGCAAGGUGGGGGAGGGCGGCAAGGUGGGGGAGGGCGGCAAGGUGGGGGAGGGCGGCAAGGUGGGGGAGGGCGGCAAGGUGGGGGAGGGCGGUAAGGUGGGGGAGGACCGAGAGCAGCAAGGGGGCAUUCGGGGAGUGGAUGGCACACUGGCGGGGAUGAGGAUGGCAUUGGGGAAAGCGGCAUCGAGGGGAGCAGCGGUGGGGGAAGCGGGGUUGGGGGGGUUGGAGGAGCGUAGCGAAGGGAGCGAGGGACGAGAGGAGGAGGAGGGGGGUGAAAGAUGUGGGCUUGCAAUGAAGGUCAAACGCACGUGCAGCGAGGAGAGAGGGGAAUUUGACAGGGAAGGGGGUUCGGGGAGGGAGGAAUCGGGGGAGAAGGGGAAGGGGGGAUUGGGGCGGAAGGGGAAGGAGGGAUUGGGGCGGAAGGGGAAGGAGGGAUUGGGGGAGAAUGAGAAGGGAGGGAGGGUGAUGGCAGACACAAGAGAGGGGGAUGAGAUGGUGGAUGCGGGAAGGGAGGGGGGAAGGGAGGAGGGAAGGGAGAGAAAGGAGGAGGGAAUGGAGGAAAGGGAGGAAGGGAAGGAGGAGAAAAGGGAGGUAAGGGAGGAGAAAAGGGAGGUAAGGGAGGAGAAAAGGGAGGGGGCAAUGGAGGAGAUAAAGGGGGAGAAAGGGGAGGAACGGGAGGAGAAAGGGGAGGAACGGGAGGAGAAAGGGGAGGAACGGGAGGAGAAAGGGGAGGAACGGGAGGAGAAAAAGGGGGAGAAAUUGGAGGGAGGGGUGGAGAAAAGGGAGGAGAAAAGAGAGGAGAAACAGGAGGAGGGAAGGGAGGAGAAAAGAGAGGAGAAACAGGAGGAGGGAAGGGAGGAGAAAAGAGAGGAGAAACAGGAGGAGGGAAGGGAGGAGAAAAUGGAGGGAGACGUGCGAGGAGAGGAAAAGGGGAAGGCUGGGAGGAUGAGCACUGAGGCGAAGGGAGGGGAUGAGGCGAAGGGAGGGGAUGAGGCGAAGGGAGGGGAUGAGGCGAAGGAAGCGGAUGUGGUUGGUGCAGGCGAGGGGGGACAUGAUGCCGACGCGAUGGCUACCGCAGGGCAGGUCGAAGCACAGGGGGAUGGGCCAGGAAAGGACAGUGAGGAAGGAGCAAAGGAGGGGAAUGAAGGUGCUAAGGGAGGGAAGGGAAGUGCAGAGGGGGGAAAGGAAAGUGUAAAGGAGAGGAAGGAAAGUGAAAAGGAGGGGAAGGAUAGUGUAAAGGAGGGGAAGGAAAGUGCAAAGAACAGGAAGGAAAGUGCAAAGGAGGGGAAGGAUAGUGUAAAGGAGGGGAAGGAAAGUGAAAGGGAGGGGAAGGAUAGUGUAAAGGAGGGGAAGGAAAGUGCAAAGGAGGGGAAGGAAAGUGUAAAGGAGGGGAAGGAAAGUGAAAGGGAGGGGAAGGAUAGUGUAAAGGAGGGGAAGGAAAGUGCAAAGGAGGGGAAGGAAAGUGUAAAGGAGGGGAAGGAAAGUGAUAGGGAGGGGAAGGAAAGUGCAAAGGAGGGGAAGGAAAGUGCUAAGGAGGGGAAGGGAAGUGUAAAGGAGGGGAAGGAAAUGGUAAAGGAGGGGAAGGAAAGUGUAAAAGAGGGGAAGGAAAGUGAUAGGGAGGGGAAGGAAAGUGCAAAGGAGGGGAAGGAAAGUGUAAAGGAGGGGAAGGAAAGUGAUAGGGAGGGGAAGGAAAGUGCUAAGGAGGGGAAGGAAAGUGCAAAGGAGGGGAAGGGAAGUGUAAAGGAGGGGAAGGAAAUGGUAAAGGAGGGGAAGGAAAGUGUAAAAGAGGGGAAGGAAAGUGAUAGGGAGGGGAAGGAAAGUGCAAAGGAGGGGAAGGAAAGUGUAAAGGAGGGCGAGAAAGGUGCAAAUGUGGGCGAGGAGCAGUUGAAUGGGGAGAAGGUGAGUGGGGAGGAGAAGGUGAGUGGGGAGGAGAAGGUGAGUGGGGAGCAGAAGGCGAAUGGGGAGGAAGAGGCAGAGAAGGAGAAGGGCUGGCAAAAUGAGAGUGUGCGGAAGGAGGACAAGGCGGAAAGGGGGAAGGUGGGUGGGACGGAAGGGGGAAAUCUGGGUGGAAACGAAGAAGGGGAGGUGGGUGGGAAGGAAGUGGGGGAAGUGGGUGGCGUGAAGCAGGGUGCGAGGAGUGCUGAGGCGGGCAAAGAUACCACUGAAGAGAAGGCGGAAGCGGUGAACAGGAGUGGAGAGAAGGCGGAAGCGGUGAGCAGGAGUGGAGAGAAGGCGGAAGCGGUGAGUAGGGGUGGAGAGAAGGUGGAAGCGGUGAGUAGGAGUGAAGAGAAGGAGGAAGCGGUGGGUAGGAGUGCAGAGAAGGCGGUAGCGGUGAGCAGGAGUGGAGAGAAGGGGGAAGCGGUGAGUAGGGGUGGAGAGACGGCGGAAGCGGUGGGUAGGAGUGGAGAGAAGGGGGAAGCGGUGAGAAGGAGUGGAGAGAAGGCGGAAGCGGUGAGUAGGAGUGGAGAGAAGGAGGAAGCGGUGAGUAAGAGUGGAGAGAAGGCGGAAGGCAGCAGCAUGGAGAAUUGUGGUGUUGGUGAUGUGGAGGCGGGGAUGGGGAAGGUGGAGGAGGGGGUGGUGGCGGAAGAGGGGGAGAAGAGGGUGGAGGGCGAAGGUGGUGUGAGAGGUGCGGUGGUGGUGAGGGCUGCUGCAGCCAGGGGAGACGAGGGGGAUGGGGUGAUGGGGAUGGGGGAAGGGGCAAAGGAGGAGAGAAAAGGGGUUAAGGGGAAGAAGGAAGGGGCAAUGCGAGAGGAGGAAGGAAAGGGGGAAAAGGAAAUUGCAAUGGGAAAGGACGAAAAGGCGAAGGGGAUGGAUGGAUUGGCGAAUGAGGAGGAGGAAGGGGCAAAAAGGGGGAAGGAAGGGGCAAAGGGCGAGAAGGAAUGGGUAACGGAAGAGGAGGAAGGGAGAAAGCGAGAGGAGGAAGAAGCAAGGGGGGUGGAGGAAAAGGCAAAGGGGGAACACGAAAGAGCGAAGGGGAAGGAGGAAGGAGCAAAGGGGGAGGAGGAAAGGGCAAAGGCGGCGGAGGAAGGAACAAAGGAGAAGAAAAGGGUAAAGGGGGAGGAUGAAAGAGCGAAGGGGGAGGACGAAGGAGCAAAGAAGGAGGAAAGGGCGAAGGCGAAGGGGGAAGCCAUAAAAAGGACAGUUGAAAUGGAAACUGCGUUCAGGGAAGGGACACAAGGGGAGGAGGCGAAGGGGAGGGAAGGAGAAGGAGGCAUGGCAGUGCUAGUGGGUGAGGAGACAGGGGAAGCAGGGGAGACGGCGGGAGGUGUGGAUGGGAUGGGGAAGAUGGAAGCGGAAGCAGAGGGGAGCGUAGAGGAGACAGCUGUGGGAGGGAAGGUCGAGGUGCUUGACGCGAUGCUUGGGAUGGCAGGGGUGGAGGCGGCAGGGGUGGAGGCGGCAGGGGUGGGGGUGGCAGGGGUGGGGGCGGCAGGGGUGGGGGUGGCAGGGGUGGGGGCGGCAGGGGUGGGGGUGGCAGGGGUGGGGGCAGCAGGUGUGGAGGCAGCAGGUGUGGAGGCAGCAGGGGUGGAGGCGGGGGACAGUGCUAAGCAGGCCAAGAGUGGUGAUGCUGGCAGUGCGGUUGGUGGAGAAGUGGGGAAUGGGGCGGAUCAGACGAGUCAAUGCAUCGUGUUGGCAGACAGAGAGCAGAGGGAGGAGACAGAGCACAUGGGACAGAGAGAAGAGCUGGCUGGGUUGGGAGUGGCGAGGGGUGGGGGUGUGAAGGGUGGAGCGGGAUUGGACACAGAGGUGGGUGGGGAGCAGGAGCAGGGGAAGGAAGGGGAAGGUGGGGUGGGGACACGGGCGGGGCUGGCUGGCACAGAAGGGGGAAUGGACAAGUUUGUCGGGAAGGCAGUGAGCAGUGCAGAGAAGGAGGGUGCAGAGAAGGAGGGUGCAGGGAAGGAGGGUGCAGGGAAGGAGGGUGCAGGGAAGGAGGGUGCAGGGAAGGAGGGUGCAGGGAAGGAGGGUGCAGAGAAGGAGGGUGCAGAGAAGGAGGGUGCAGAGAAGGAGGGUGCAGAGAAGGAGGGUGCAGAGAAGGAGGGUGCAGGGAAGGAGGGUGCAGGGAAGGAGGGUGCAGAGAAGGAGGGUGCAGAGAAGGAGGGUGCAGAGAAGGAGGGUGCAGAGAAGGAGGGUGCAGGGAAGGAGGGUGCAGAGAAGGAGGGUGCAGGGAAGGGGGGAGAGACGAGCAGCUUGAUGGGUGGAUGGGUGGCAGACGGGAGGGCAGCGAAGGAGAGUGUGGAGCGGAGAGGUGGAGAGCGAGUGGGUUCUGGAGAGGUGGCAGUGGAAGCUGGGGCACGGGGGAAGGAGAGAGAGGUGGAGGGGAAAGUGGAGGAGAGCACAGGAGUGGAGGAGAAAGGGCAGGUGGAGAAAGGGGAGGAGGAGAAAGGGGAGGAGGAGAAAGAGGAGGAGGGGAAGGUGAGUGGGGAGGACGGGAAGGAGAGAGGGGUGAAGGGGAAGGAGAAAGAAAAAAGGGGAGAGGUGAGAGGGGAGGAGGGGAAGGUGAAUGAAGAGGAAGAGAAGGCGAGAAGGGAGGAGGGGAAGGAGAGAGAGGAAGAGGGAAAGGAGAGAGGGGAGGAUGGGAAGGCGAACGAAGAGGAGAAGGUGAGAAGGGAGGAGGAGAAGGAUAGAGAGGAAGAGGGGAAGGAGACAGAGGAGGAUGGGACGGAGAAAGGGGAGGAGGGGAAGGAGAAAGAAGAGGAGAAAGAGAGAGGAGAGGAAGGGAAAGAGAGAGGAGAGGAGGGAAAGGAGAGAGGGGAGGAGGAAAAGGAGGAGAAAGAGGAGGGAAGGAAGGAGCGUGAGGAUGAGAAGGAAGCAAAGGACGGAGCAAAGGGGAGAAAUAACGAUCUGCAAAGUUGCGGGGUUGGAAGGGAGGAGAGGCAGAAGAGAAAGAGAGAGUGGGCAGAGGAGUGUGAACAGGGAGAUGAAGGAGAAAACAACGGGAUGAAGGAGGAUGUUAUUCAGCAAGUGAAGAGGAGAGCAGAAGAGGUGGGUAGAGAGGAGGGGAAGAGAGGAUCGAACCCAGUGGUGGAGGAGAGUGAGGUUCAUGCGUGCAGUGCUGUGCAAGUGAAUGAGGUGAGGCAGGUGGAUGAGGUGAGGGCGGUGGAUGAGGUGAGGGCGGUGGAUGAGGUGAGGGCGGUGGAUGUGACGGGGGUGGCAGAGGAGAAGCAGUUGGGGCUUGUUGACACAGCACAUCAGCAUCUCUCUGCCCCUUCCCUCCCUGGUAGCGUCGCUCCAGCCCCCACUGCCUGCCCUCCUCACCAAGCCUCUGCCCCCGCGCACACAGACCUGAAUGCCGUGCCGAUAUCAGGUUCGGACUUAGGCUCGGUUGCAGGCUUGGAUACACGCUCGGGUGGAGGCGUGGAAGGGAAGGACAGAGAGGAUGGUGAGAGAAGUGAGCGGGUGGAGAAUGAGACCGGGGUGGAUGGGGAGAAGAGAGAGGGGGAGACGAGAGAGGUGGGCAAGAGAGCAGAGGAGACGGAGAGAGAAGAGGAGGAGAAAAGGGCGGAGGAAGAAAGGAGAGUGGCGGAGGGGCGGAAAGUGGUGCGGAGGCUGCAGGGGAGGAGAGGGGCAGGGAAGGACUUUUGGGAGAAGAUUGAUGAUGAGGUCGACUCUCUCCUUCUGCCCCGCCUCUACCCACACAAGGCCCCUCCCGCUCUGCACUUCCACCCACCCUCUCAGCCUCCUUCCUCCAUGCCUCCUCCCCUCACGCCUCCUCUCAACUCCCUUCCUUCGCUUCCUCAUCCCUCUGCACCCAUCUCCAACCCCGCCCACCCCCCUGCACCCACCAUGCCUCAGUUGCUGCAUGUCCCCUCUUUAGGCAAGAGUAAGCAGAUAGGGGUGCAGUCAGAUGGGCAGAACGAGAAAGAGAAGGCAGGCGGUGGUGAGACCAGCAACGGUGAUGAUGCUUUGCUGGGGAGUUAUGAAGAGUUUUUUCUGCCCCCGUUUCCCUGGCUGCCGAAGGCUGGUGCUCCUGGUAAACCUGUUCGGGCACGUGACCGAUCCCGGGCAGCGGAAAAGAUUAGUGGCAGCCUAGACAGCGAGAUUGUGCAGAGAGGAGAAUUGGAAGGCAGACUGGUAGGCAUUGAUAAGGAUGGGAAGGGCAGCAGUGGGAGCAUGCAUGGCAUUGGCGGUGAGCUAAGUGGAUUGCUUAACAAAGAGCGGAUGUUUAAACGUUUGAAAACAGAAGGUGAUGGAGGGGGUUGUGGUGGGCGUGAGGUGGAUGAGUGGACAGAGGAGAGUGAGGAGCGAGAGGUGGAGGAUGGGGAAGAGGGGGAGGGGGAAGGGGAGGAGGGGGAGGAGGUGGAGGAGGAGGAGGGGGAGGGAGAGGGAGAGGAGGAAGAAGAGGAGAGGGAUGUGGGCACGGAGGAAGUUGAGGGAGAGCGAGAGGGUGAUGAAGGUGAGGGGACUGAGGAUGAGGUGGAGGGAAGAGAGGCGGAGGGAGGAGAGGUGGAGGGGGAGGGCGAUGGGGGCCACAGAGAAAAGGGGGUUGCGUUGGAAGGCAGUGUGGAGAUGGGAGGUCAAGGCGAGCGUGCAGCUGACGGGAUUAUGACAAAUGGUCUCCUCUCUGUGCCGCCUGCUUUCGCCACCCAUGCAGCAGCACCCAUCUAUGACCCGUCAGCCGCACUCCACACGCCCCCCACACACACACAUGCCUCUCCACAUGGCCACACUCACACGGCUCCUCUGCACCCAUCCGCUCCCCCUCGUACCCAUCCGCACACCUCCCACUCCCCUGCCCCUUCCUCUGCCAUUCCACCCAGUCUUAUGCAACCCAGUCCUUUCCAGAAAGGGAGAAGUGAGCAAGGGAGAGGGGAGGGAGGGCAAGGGAGAGGAGGGUCGAAAGGAGGAGGGAGAGGGGAAGGAGGGAAGCGGAGUGGAAAGGAGGGUGGUGGUGGGCGGGGCACGGGAGAGGGGUCAGGUGUGGUGAUGCGAGGGAAGGCUUUUGAGGCGCCUCAAAAGUCGUCUCAGUUUGAGCGGGGCACGGGAGAGGGGUCAGGUGUGGUGAUGCGAGGGAAGGGAGCAUCGUCUCCCUCUCCUCCUCUUGCUACCUCAUCCGCUCUUGUUCCUCCCGGUUCUCUGCCUUCCGCUCUCACCGCUGGUGUCGCCGCCGCCGCCGCUGCUACUUCUGCUGCAACAGCAGGGGGAGCAGCGGCAGCACCUGCGUCAGCCCGUUUGCUGCAACCCCCCCUUACUGCCCCUCCCUUUAUUCAUCCCACGGCUGCUGCUGCUGCCGCUGGUGAUGCUGCUCCCUCCAUGUCCCUGUUACUACCACCGCCAGAGUUCAAGCCCAGGCGGACCUCCUCCCUCUCCUCCUCCUCCCCACUCCUCCGCCCGCCUGCCCUCCUCCCCCCCUCCUCUCCCCUCCUCCGGGCCGUCUCUGCAGCAGCUGCAGCCCCAGCAAGCAGCAGAGAGGCAGCAGCGGAUGAGGGGCCGAGAAUGAAGAUCUCUCUGGUGGGCGCUGGGGAGGGAAAGGGGCUCGUGGGGGGCGAUGAGGGGAGGAGGUGGGCUCAUGGUGAGCUGCUGGUGGGCAGCAGAGGCAGGCUUUUCGGUCCCUCUGCUCUGGGCUCGGUAUCGGUAGGAGCAGUGGGAGGGGUAACAGGAGGGGCGCAUGCAGUGGGCGAGGCAGCAGCAGUAGGGGCUGCAGGAGGACGGGCAGCAGCAGCAGGAGCCGUGGAGGGCGAGGAGGAGGAGGAUGCAGUGGCUGCUCUGGCUGCCAUGGCUGCCGCUGCUACUGCUGCCCUGCCAGGGGAUUCUUUCAGUGAUCCGCCUCUCGCUCACACACACGGUGGUGCGACUGUCACUCACACACACGGUGCACGAGACGAGCUCACUGCCAAGGGGGUGCCCAGAGGAGGAAAGCACAGCACCUCUGCUGCUCCAGAUACCCCUGCUUCUCCCGCUCGUGCUGCUGCCACUGCAGCGGGUAGCAAGCGAGCAGGUGGCAAGGGGCGUUUGGCCGGGGCGGGGAAGGGGGAGGGCGCAGGGGCAGGGAAGGUGGGUGCUGCGAGUGCAGGAGGGAAAGCAGGGGGGGUUGCUGGAGAAGCAGCACUAGGAGCAGCAGGGGUUGGGAGAAGUGCUGCAGGGGGCGGUGGUGUAGUUGCCGCAGGGGUUGAUGCUGCAUCUGGCAGCGCUGCGAAGGUGGGGAAGAAGAAGGGGAAAGGUCCGGGAUUUGUUGUGUCGAAACCGAGUGUGGCGGUGGGAGAAGCGGCAACUGCAGCGACUGCCGCCGCUUCUGCGAGUUGUGUUAGUGCUGGUGGUGGUUCUGGUGGUUGUGCUGCAAGGGAGGAGCGGGCAGGCAUGUUGGGGCACUUGGCUGCUCUGCUGGACCAAGCCAGUGCAGGAUCAGCAGAUGGAGGAGGUGUGGGUGCUGGUGGUGCUGGUGGCAGUGCUGGGGGUGGGGGUGGCAGUGGUGGUGCUGCUGCUGCUGUUGGUGGGAGUGGGGUGAAGGUAGGCAAGCAUGCUGGUAAAGUGGAGAAGCGGGAGGGGAAGAAAGGGCUCAAGGAGCGGGGCAGGGAGCACAGCGUGCCAUUUUCAAAAGCAUCAGCAGCACCAAUGGCAGGGGCUGCUGGGGGUUCUGGGGUUCUCCAGAGAACCACAGACCACGGGGAAGAGAGUGCAGAGGGAGGGCUGGGAGAGGAAAGGGGUGGGGAAGGAAGGGAGGGUGCAAGGGGUGGGGGGGGAGAGGAGGCGUCUGGGGGUGUGAAGAAGGGCCGUGGGCGGCCGAAAGGCUCCAAGAAGAUUGGCAAGAGAGGUGGGUAUUGA